GUUGAAAAACUCGAAGGAGAAGUGACGCGUGGUCUUGGGCGGGGGUUGUUCUCCCCGCCUUCUCUUUGAAGCGCCAACGGGUUCUGGUUGCGGCGUCUUGGCCCCCUCUACCCGAAGGCCUCUCUCUGCUGCUUCUUUUCCGGCUAUUUCUUUCCCGUUGAUAUUUCCCGAAUGAUGCUGAGUCGGGGCAAGGGGAGGCUCGGAGGGCCCUGGGUGGAGGGGGUAUCUUUAGGGCCUCCAGGAGUAGAUCCCGAACCCUUUGCCUCCAAGCCGGAGCCCGAGCCUGGCCUGGACCUGAGCUUGAGCCCUGGCUCCAGAAGCCCUGAACAGCCCUGCUCCAUCCUGCGGCGGGAGGGAGCUCGGGCCAUGGGGCGGAGAGGACGGCAGAGAGCUCGGCAGGUUCGCUUCCACCUGGCCUCCCCGGGUCAGUCUCCCUCUUCCAGAGCGUCCCCAUCACAGGGGAAGGUAUCCACAGGUGAACUUUUGGAGAAGUGUGAAGCCUUACCAUCCCUCGAGUCCCCGGGAUUUCAAAGUACCCUGGCCUUGGGGCAACAACUGGAGUCUGUUAGAGAGGCCACAGCUUUGGGGCAGUUUGAUGCCCUGAAGGCUGCAGGGGAACAGUUGAAAAGUUCAUUCUUAAGUCGCUGUGAGAUGGAGGAAAACAUAUCAGAGGGUCUUAAUGUGCCUAGAUCCCAAAGGCUCUACCGGGACCUGGUGAGUCUGCAGGUUCCAAAGGAGCAAGUGUUGAACGCUGCGUUGAUGGAAAGACUGGCCUUGCUUCCACCACAGCCUCAGGUUCCACUCCACAAGGAGGUUCCAGCAGCAGGUCCAGAACUAAGCAUCUUAUGUGAUCCCCAGUCACUGGCCCAUGAGUCUCCACACUUAAUACUUGAAGGGUUCCCUCUCUUGAAGCUCAGGCCACAGCCCCGUCCUGCAGAGGAUGCCUUCCUCAUGCACCAGACUCUCAGACGGUGGGAUACGUAG